AUGAAUCGAUAUCUUAUUUGUGUCAAUCAAGUAUGCGCUUGUCCACCUAACACCUAUUGGGAUGGAUUACUAUGCAAAAAUCAAAAAUAUGCUGGAGAAAGUUGCAGCCAACAAGAUGAAUGCCGUUCGAAUUCUUUUAAUCUCGUUUGUACUCCGGAGACAUGUCCCACAACAGGUAUGUCAAACGUCUGUUCGACUGGAAUUAACAUGAUAGCUAUCAAUUUAACAAUGAGCUAUGGUUUUUCUUAUUCAUUGUAUGAAUACAAUUUCACGGCUAUCUAUUCAAGUGCACUGAUCACGAUCAGCAUUCAACGACUAUCCUGGUACUGGGAUUUUGAUGAUUUUUCUCUUAUAAAUUCCAAUGGAUCAGAAUUAUUACUUAACGGUGGAUUCGAAAUGGGUAGUACUGCAUCUUGGAUCUAUUGCAAUCCACACAAUUCCGGCUAUGCGGGCUAUAUAACGACAGCAGCACAAGGAGGUCGGAAUCAUUCGGGUAUUUAUUACUGGCAAGAUGCUGCUAAGUCUUAUCCAGACUUUCUUGCGCAGAAUGUUUCACUCAUCAUUGGCGAAAACUAUACUUUCGGCUUUUGGCUUAUGGCAGACAGUGGUGGCGGACAAGUUUUAGUCAAUAUUUUUCAGAAAUGA